UCUUCUCUUUUCCUCUUCGUCUCUCUCUCUCUCUCUCUCUCUCUGGGGUUCAACAAUGGCGGUGAUUGGGGAUUGAUUAUUGGGAUUGAAGAGAAGAAGAAGAAGAAGAAGAAGAGUAAGAGAGAGGGAUGAGGGUGGCGGUGGUGGGAGCUGGGAUCAGUGGUCUGGCGGCGGCGUACGAGUUAUCAAAGUCCGGCGCCGACGUGGUUCUAUACGAUAAGGAACCCUAUCUCGGCGGCCAUGCUCGCACCGUCAAUGUCGAUGGGCUUGACAUCGAUCUAGGGUUUAUGGUCUUCAAUCGGGUGACGUACCCAAACAUGAUGGAGUUUUUUGAGAAACUUGGAGUUGAGAUUGAGAGAUCAGAUAUGUCCUUCUCUGUGAGCUUGGAUGAAGGCAAGGGUUGUGAAUGGGGUAGCCGGAAUGGGCUUGCUGGCCUCUUGGCUCAGAAGAGAAAUGCUCUCAAUCCUUACUUCUUGAAAAUGAUCAGUGAAAUCCUCAAGUUCAAGGAAGACACUCUCAAUUAUCUUCAGAAGCUUGAGAAUAACCCUGACAUGGACCGUAGUGAGACAUUGGAGCACUUCAUUAAGUCUCAUGGAUACUCUCAGUUGUUUCAGAAGGCUUACCUUGUUCCAAUAUGUGCUUCUAUCUGGUCAUGCUCUUCAGAAGGAGUCAUGAACUUCUCUGCUUUCUCAGUUCUUUCAUUUUGUCGAAAUCAUCACCUUCUUCAGCUUUUUGGGCGCCCUCAAUGGUUGACUGUUAAGUCACGUUCACAUUCUUAUGUCAAGAAGGUCAGACAAGAACUGGAGAGUAGAUCAUGCCAAAUAAGAACUGGAUUUGAAGUAAAAUCCAUAACAAGUACAAAUGCUGGUUGUUGUGUGCAUGGUCCAGACCAUUCGGAAGAAACAUAUGAUGCAUGUGUAAUCAGUGUACAUGCGCCUGAGGCUUUGGAAAUUUUAGGAAAUCAAGCUACAUAUGAGGAAACCAGAGUACUUGGUGCUUUUCAGUAUUCCUACAGUGAUGUAUAUGUUCAUCGGGAUACAAGUUUGAUGCCAAAAAAUCCAUCAGCAUGGAGUGCCUGGAAUUUUCUUGGAACUUCAAGCAAGGGUGCAUGCCUUACAUACUGGCUCAAUUUACUUCAGAAUCUCGGUUCUACUGAUUUACCUUUCCUAGUGACACUCAAUACUCAGUUUGUCCCAAAACAUACUAUACUUAAAUGGCAAACUAGCCAUCCAAUACCUUCAGUUGCAGCAUCCAAAGCUUCUCUUGAACUUGACAAAAUACAGGGAAAAAGAGGAAUUUGGUUUUGUGGGGCAUACCAAGGGUAUGGUUUCCAUGAGGAUGGAUUAAAGGCUGGCAUAGUUGCAGCAAACAGUGUGCUCAGCAAAGACUAUAUACCUCUAAGAAACCCAAAACACAUGGUGCUUUCAUGGUCUGAAAUUGGAGCUCGAGCUAUCAUUACUAAAUUUCUGGAAAAAUAUGUAGUUACUGGUUCUCUAACGUUACUAGAAGAAGGUGGUACAAUUUUUGUUUUUGAUAGGGAAGAUAAGAUAAGGCAGAUAAAAUCAGUUUUAAAAGUGCACAAUCCCUUGUUUUACUGGAAGGUUGCAACAGAAGCUGACUUAGGCCUUGCAGAUGCAUACAUUAAUGGCUAUUUUUCUUUUGUUGAUGAGCAAGAAGGACUUCUAGAUUUUUUCACGAUUCUAAUUGCCAAUAGGGAUUUGAAGAAUUCUUCUGGAAAGACCACUAACAGAGGGUGGUGGACACCAUUACUUCUUACAGCUGGAGUUGCAUCUGCUAGAUACUUUUUCCGACAUAUUUCAAGGCAAAACAGUGUUACACAAGCCCGUCGAAAUAUUUCUCAGCAUUAUGAUCUGAGUAAUGACUUCUUCUAUCUGUUUUUAGAUGAAACAAUGACAUAUUCGUCAGCAAUAUUUAAGUCAGAGAAUGAAGAUUUGAAAGUUGCACAAAUACGAAAAAUUUCUCUCUUAAUUGAGAAGGCCAGAAUAAGUAGCCAGCAUGAAAUUCUCGAGAUCGGUUGUGGUUGGGGAAGUCUAGCCAUUGAAGUUGUGAAGCAAACUGGUUGCAAAUAUACCGGCAUAACCUUAUCCAAAGAACAACUACAUUAUGCACAAAGAAGAGUCAAAGAUGCUGGUUUAGAGGACCGAAUAACAUUCCGUCUAUGCGAUUAUCGUCAAUUACCAAUGUCCCACAAAUAUGACAGGAUUAUAUCUUGUGAGAUGAUUGAAGCAGUAGGCCAUGAAUACAUGGGAGAGUUCUUCAGUUAUUGUGAUUCAAUUUUAGCUGAGGAUGGAGUAUUUGUUUUGCAGUUCAUCUCAAUUCCGGAUGAUCGAUACGAUGAAUAUCGGAGAAGUUCUGAUUUUAUUAAGGAAUAUAUUUUCCCUGGAGGUUGUCUCCCUUCUCUCAGCAGAAUCACAUCUGUCAUGGCCUCUUCAUCUAGACUUUGUGUUGAGCACCUGGAAAACAUCGGCAUACAUUACUACCAAACAUUAAGAUGUUGGAGGGAUAAUUUCAUGGCGAAAAGAUGUAAAAUUCUUUCACUUGGUUUUGAUGAGAAGUUCAUAAGGACAUGGGAAUACUACUUCAUUUACUGUGCAGCUGGUUUUAAGACUCGCACUCUUGGAAAUUAUCAGAUUGUGUUUUCUCGUCCGGGUAACAAUAAAGCAUUCAGUGAUCCAUAUGAAAGACUUCCAGCUGCAUGAUUAUAAUUUACUAUCUAUUUGUAUUAUCCUUAAAACCAAUUUUGUUUUCUAUUCCCAUUUGAUUGUUGAAUUCUUGCUUGUUACUCUGAUCA